UAUGAAGGACAUGGUUAGCAAGCGUAGGAAGUCUCGAGUUCGACCAUCCUGGAUUUUGAAUGAUCUGUGGAAAGAAAUGACAGCUUACUGGGACACUGCUAAAGCCCAACAAAAAAGCGAGACAACAUCAGCUGCUCGGUUGUCUGACCGAAAUGGUCUUGGUCCUCACAAGCACAAUGCUGGCCAGAAGUCUUACCUCCAAAUCGAACAAGAAAUGGUUGAAGAAUUGGGCAGACCAGUGACUAUUGGUGAAGUUUUCAUCAAGGCACACACCAAAAAAAAUGGCAGCUUUGUAGAUAAGAAAGCAAAGCUAGUUGCAGAGGCCUAUGAGAAGAACAAGCAAGCCAAGCUGGCUGACCUUCAAGCUGAAAACUCAGAGAGUUCAGAUGGUACUUCACACCCUCCACAACUCUCUCUAGACCAGGAUAAUGAGCUCUUCCUUCUGUCCACUGUCACAGACAAAAGAGGAAGACACUAUGGAAUAGGAAGCCUAGAAAGUACUAUUGUCAACGGAAAGCGCAAGCGUUGUGAAUCCUCUUCUUCGUACGUAGACCUCGAAAAACAGCUCAGCGAUGCUCACCGGAAGAUUGAGAAGCAGGCGGCUUACACUGCCAAGCAAGCAAAAAAGCUCAAAAUUUUUUCCUUGGUGAAGAAGUAUCUGGCUGCAACUGAUCCAAAUUUUUUGGCCUUCAUGGCUGCUAAUCAAGGUGAAGAUGAUGAUGAAGGUGAAGAAGGUGAAGGUGAUGGUGAAGGUGAAGGUGAAAGUGAAAGUGAAAGUGAAAGUGAAGGUGAAGGUGAAGGUGAAGGUGAAGAAGGUGAAGAUGAAGGGGAAGGUGAAAGUGAAGAUGAAGAUGAAUUUUAGGUUCCCUACUCUUGUACUACUAUAAUAUUUUGUAUGCUAAUGCUUAACUCCUUAGAGUGCCUUUUGCAACAUUAUGUUAUGAAUACUCUGUUUUAUAUUAAAAUUUUCGUUUUUAUUA